AUGGCUGCCGAAGCUCCUUCAGGCAUAGUAGACCUUGGGAAGAGGACCCUCAAGAAGCCCUGCUCCUUCACCAUCGAGAACAUCCUCUCCGGCUCGGCCGAGCGAAGACCCCCUGUCCUCCUCCCGUUCUGCUUCCGAGGGAUCUUGGACUGUGAACCCAAGGGGCUGCGUUCCCUGGGGGGCAUGGCUGCUGGCCCACUGCAGCAGGAGGACGACGAGGUGGAAGAGGCAGAGGUGGAGGCUGCGCCUUGCGGCUGCUGCUGCUGUGUUCACAGCGGUCCCUACUCCUGGCAGGAGGCUGCAAACUGGCUCAGUGAGUAUCCCUGUUUGCUUGUGAUCAAAGCCUGAGGCUGGCUGCUGCUGGGAGCUGUCAGCCGAACUUUGGUCUUUGUUGGGACGCAUUUGCCCUACUCUGUGUAGUAUAAAGGGGAGGGGGAGAGAAGUUUGGGAGAGGGUCACAGGGUCAGCUAAGGGUGUGGGAGAAAUUCCAUUCAGUUUGCGUUUGAAUUCUCACCUCUCCAAUGUGCAGCUUCCGAAACUAUACCCAAACAGGAAUGCAGCAACCCUUCAAAAUUCAGGAGAACUGCAUUGUAAAAUGGAUAGAAGUGUGUUUGUUUAUAUAACAGCUCCCGGAGUCCCUGGGAAAGGGGAUUGAUCAUUAAGCCACACUGGGAGUUGUAGCUCUGUAAAGGGGAAUCGGGGCCUGCUGAUGACUCCCAGCACCCUUCACAAACGACAGCUCCCAGGAUUCUUUGGGGGGAGUCAUCACGCAAGGGUGCUUCAUAUGUACAGUGCAGGUGGGAACUUUGAGUCAUGGGUAAAGGGAGAGACAAAGGUAAACUGGCUUAUCCAUCACACAUAUGGGGUGUAAAUGGCCUGUGCAUUUUAGAGUUCUUUGUCAGUCGAGACCCCUCCUCUACUUCAGUUAAUGCUCUUUCCUGCAAUUCACAACUUUUCUUUUCCCCUACUUUAAAUGUUAUCAUGGAUCCGUUGCAGGCUGACGUACAGGGGAUAUUGCAACCCGAUAAAAUCAUUCUAACCUUUCCCUCUUCUCUCCGGUAAAACUGACAAGUUUGGAAACCUCUCACAAAUAACCGAUUUGUCAGCCACACUGGAGGGCAGAGGAAGGCUGGUUGUGAAACCGACAAUACUUUAUAACCCACCAGGGAGAAGCUGGUUUUUUUUUUAGAAUGGGCAAAAAUCAGUCCAAAAUGUGUAGAAUUUACUGGGAGAGGGGAAAGUUGGGUGGAAAAUGCUCUCUCGGUACAGACUGCCUUUUGACUUGUUUGUUGAGCAUUCGUCCCAAUUUGUUAGCAGGGAGACUAGAUGAUGUUGCCUGUUUAAUAAGCAUUCAUUCUGCUUUGUUUACAGAGAGGUUAGAUGUUGUGUUGUUAUCCCACACUUUCCAGUGCAUUUCUCCCUCACUUUCCGUAUCACAAAUACUCUGAUCUCUUGGGGAAAGUAGGUUUGUUGUGCAAGACCUCCCAAUCAACUAUAAAUAAGCAAGCUACAUUUUCUGGUAUGAGAUUAAAUCUCCCACCUGAAAACAGCAACAGCCUGGAGGCACCCAGUAUCUGUUAAUGAAGAGAAAUUGCAGUUCAUUUUUGAGGCAAUAGCUACCAAGUAGAAUAUAGAUAUAAAAGGGGUGCAAUGUGGUCCCAUAGACACAAAAAUAUUGCUGUACACAGAUAUCGUAGUACUGACAAUAUCUUCCCCUGAAGAAUCUCAUAGAGAAGUUACGAGGGUGUGUAGCAAGGUAUCAGGCUAUAAAAUAAUUGAUGAUAAAUCAGAAUGGCUCAGGGUAAAUAUCACAAACGAUAUUUUUUUUAAAAAAAGAUCUUAUGGAAGCAAGGAAAACCACAUGGAUACAUAAGCAAAAUGGAAAAUAUUUAGGAAUAUGGGUUGUGAACCACUUAGAUGAAAUAAUAAGGACUGAUUGUCAAAAUCUAUAUAUAGAAGUGGAAAAGGAACUGGGAUCAUUACAUACAUCAUGGUGCUGGUGAAUAUGAACCAUGAAGAUGAAAGUAUUACUGAGAAACUGCAGUUAAGCUGCACGGGAAGAUACAUCAAACAGAAUUUGGGUUCUGUAAACGUUUUAGGGUGCUGGCUAACUCCAGCAGGGAUGGGGAACUGGUUGUCCUCCAGAUAUUGAUGAACUCCAGUUCACAUCUGCCCCAGCCAGCAUGGCCAGUAGCCAGGGAUGAUGGGAGAUGCGGUCCAAAAACAUUUGGAAAGUCAAAGGUUCCCAAGCGCCAGCCUAGAGAUCUGAAAUGUGGGUGGUGGGCUCCACCUCUCUCUUGGGGAGUUUUGAAGCCGUGCAUCUCUACCUUUGCUCGACUUGCCCAUUUGAAAGUGUUGCAAAAUGCCAAUAAACCACCCCCUUCCAGAGGGAAUUAAGGCCAGGUAAGCACAGGGCCUCUGCCCUGUCUGGCAUAACACGAUGGACCAGGUCAUUAAUAGAUACACAUUUUGCUUUUUCCAAAAAAGGCAGAGGCGUAGGAAGGGGGGUGCGUCGGAGGCGGACUGCUCCGGGUGUCAUCGCUGAGGGGGGUGACAUUUGGCGCGCCGGCCGCCUGCGACUCCCAAGCCUACGCUGAGCUGUGGGGGGAAGGGGGGAGCCGCACCACUUUGCUGGCGGCCUUCCCCCCUUCCCCCUUUGUUUUGACAGCUAGGGGGAGGCUUGGGAGUCGUGGGCGGGCGGUGCGCCGUUGCCCCGCAUUCCCGGGCUGCUGGAGGAGGCUGGCAGGCAGGCAGAGGGAGGAAGGGAAGGAGGCAGGAAGGGGGAGAAAAAGAGAGAAGCAAAAGCUCCCUCAAUCAGGACCCAAACCCUGGAACACAUAGAAGGAGAGGUGGGGUGUGAGAACAAAGUUGGGGGGGGUGUUAAGUGUUUAUGCUCACAAUGUUAAGUAAAUAAACCAGAAAACAGCACCUGCAGCUGUAAGUAUCAUGUUUUUCCUUCUUUUAAUAAUUUCAAUGGAGGGUAAACGUAAAGUUAAAGUCCAGGUCCAGUCGUGGCCGACUCUGGGGUUGCAGCGCUCAUCUCGCUUUAUUGGCCAAGGGAGCCGGCGUACAGCUUCCGGGUCAUGUGACCAGCAUGACUAAGCUGCUUCUGGCGAACCAGAGCAGCGCACGGAAACGCCGUUUACCUUCCUGCUGGAGCGGUACCUAUUUAUUUACUUGCACUUUGACAUGCUUUCGAACGGCUAGGUUGGCAGGAGCAGGGACCGAGCAACGGGAGCUCACCCCGUUGCAGGGAUUUGAACCGCUGACCUUCUGAUCGGCAAGUCCUAGGCUCUGUGGUUUAACCCACAGCGCCACCCGCGUCAACUGGGGGGGGGGUUGACAAAAAAAAUUCGCACCAGGUACCACCUGCCCUUGCUAUGCCUCUGAUAAAAGGCAAACCUGCUGAAUCCCAAACUUUCCUUUCAGCAGACGCAAGGUUUCCCUGGCCCAUGCGGGUUUUCCAUCCCGUCGGCAGGCCGUGCAAGAACCCUCGCGGGAGCCAGAGCGAGCUGCAAGCUUUCCACCAGAUUCAGCGCCGGACCCGCCGCCACCGCACCAUCUUCACGGACGACCAGCUGCAGGCCCUGGAAGCCCUCUUCCACCAGAACCAGUACCCAGAUGUCAUUACCAGAGAGCACCUGGCUAACCGGAUUCACCUGAAGGAAGAGAGAGUGGAGGUAACUAAAGUGGUAACUUGGUUUAAAUUGGGGAUACAUUUUUAAGAACGCAAGAACCUUGCUGCAUCAGAAAGGAAAGGUCCGUCGAGUUUAGCAUUCUGUUCCCACGGUGGACAACCAGAUGGCUUUGCAAAGCCCAAAUGCUGGGCAUGAAAGCAAUAAAUCUGCCCAGCUGUUGACCCCAGUGACUGGAAGUUCAUUGUGCCUCUCAUUCUGCUGCAUCCAUCAUAAUUUAUAGCGGAGGUCCCCAAUAAGCUUAGUAAUGCUGACCCCCUGUUUUUCAAAAGCCAAGCCAAACUUUUGAAAAUUUUGAUACCUCUUCGGUAGUUUUUGUUAUGUGAAUGGUGCCGCGGAUCCCCUGGGUGGGUUUCGCGGACCCCCUGGGGUUUGCAGACUACCAGUUGGGAGCCACUGAUAUAUAGCCUUCAUGACUGAUAGCCAUUACUGGCUUCAUUUUGUACAUAUUUCAUAUUAUUUGGUAUAUUCUCAUGUAAUAAUAAUAAUAAUAAUAAUAAUAUUUAUACCCUGCCCAUCUGGCUGGGUUUCCCCAGCCACCACAAACAGAAUAUUAAAAACAUGAUAAAACAGCAGACAUUAAAAACUUCCCUAAACAGGGCUGCCUUUAGAUGUCUUCUAAAAGUCAGAUGGUUGUUUAUUUCCUUGACAUCUGGUGGGAGGGCAUUUUCAACUUGCAUUUUGGGGUCAAAUAGGGUUGUAUCCAGCUACUCUGAGUAAUAUUGUGUUGCAUCCGAUGCAAGGCCUGCCCAGAGUAGACCUCACAUCCAUUAAUUUCAAUGUGUCUACUCGGGGUAAGGCUAGCCCCAGAGACAGCCCAUUGAAAUGAAUGAACCUAAGCCAGUCAUGUCUUUUAAUUUCAAUGGGUUUACUCUGAGCAGGGCUAACAUUGCAUACGGCCCUUUGAAAUUAAUGGGCACAACUAAUGUAUUUUUAAUCUUUUGUUGGAAGCCACCCAGAGUAGCUGGGGAAAUUAUUAUUAUUAUACAACCCAGGUUCAUCAAUUUCAGUGGAUGGCGGCUAACAGAUUGAGGUUGAAUCCUGACAAGACAGAAGUACUGUUUUGGGGGGACAGGGGGCGGGCGGGUGUGGGGGAUUCCCUGGUCCUGAAUGGGGUAACUGUGCCCCUGAAGGACCAGGUGCGCAGCCUGGGAGUCAUUUUGGACUCACAGCUGUCCAUGGAGGCGCAGGUUAAUUCUGUGUCCAGGGCAGCUGUCUACCAGCUCCAUCUGGUACGCAGGCUGAGACCCUACCUGCCUGCGGACUGUCUCGCCAGAGUGGUGCAUGCUCUAGUUAUCUCCCGCUUGGACUACUGCAACGCGCUCUACGUGGGGCUACCUUUGACGGUGACCCAGAAACUGCAAUUAAUCCAGAAUGCGGCAGCUAGACUGGUGACUGGGAGUGGCCGCUGGGACCACAUAACACCAGUUCUGAGAGAUCUGCAUUGGCUCCCAGUACGUUUCCGAGCACAAUUCAAAGUGUUGGUGCUGACCUUUCAAGCCCUAAACGGCCUCGGUCCUGUAUGCCUGAAGGAGCGUCUCCACCCCCAUCGUUCAGCCCGGACACUGAGAUCCAGCACCGAGGGCCUUCUGGCGGUUCCCUCAUUGCGAGAAGUGAGGUUACAGGGAACCAGACAGAGGGCCUUCUCGGUAGUGGCGCCCACCCUGUGGAACACCCUCCCUUCAUGUGAAGGAAAUAAGUAGGUAUCCUAUCUUUAAAAGACAUCUGAAGGCAGCCCUGUUCAGGGAAGUUUUUAAUAUUUAACGCUGUAUUGUUUUUAAUACUUGAUUGGGAGCCGCCCAGAGUGGCUGGGGAAACUCAGCCAGAUGGGCAGGGUAUAAAUAAUAAAUUAUUAUUAUUAUUAUUAUUAUUAUUAUUAUUAUUAUUAUCAGUGAGUCUACUCUGAGCAGUGCUAACAUUUGCUAUGGCCCAUUGAAAUUAAUGAACCUAGGUUAGUUGUGCCCGUUCACUCUAACACUGGAUAAAACCCACAGCAUCUUUUAAAGAGGAAAAUCACGUGUCGGAUUGUGGACCAAUUUUUCCUCUCUUUGUUGCGGGGGCACUUUUUACGAAACGUGCAGGUUUGGUUUAAGAAUCGUCGAGCCAAGUGGCGGCAUCAAAAGAGAGCUUCGGCUUCGGCGCUCGUCCUUCAGGGUGCCAAGAAGUCUUCUGAGGGAAACUGCUGA